GACAUGUCUGAAAGCCGGCACGAAGCAAACUAGUUCGGACGUGCGUUUAUUUACUUCUUUCUCAGGCCCCACUCAUUGGAUCUUCUUCUUCCUUCUCUCACCCACGUUCUUUGCUUCUCUCAAGCUCUCUUCCAUUUGACUUCUGAACUCAACCCCAAAGCACAUGGCCUCUGUUUCUCUCUUUCUCUCUAUCACCCAUUAACCAGAAAACCCCUUCAGUUUGUUUCCAAGCCCGCAUUCAGAUCUCAAACCAAGUUCCUUUUUUUUUAUUUUGGGUCAGUCUAUUAAGCAGAGAAAAAGGGUUAAACCCAGAAUUCUUUUCUUUUCCUUUCACUUUUUUCCACUAAAUUUCCAAAACCCAUUGGAAAUUUGGUAUUUCUUUUUCAUAAUGAGCUCCAAGAGCCUCAAAGGCACCAACUUUUGCACAUUUGCUUCACUUGGCAUCUUAGCUUUGAGCUUGGUGCAUUGGGGGCAAUUGGUUCAGUGCCAAGAUGUUGGUGACAAUGAUCAAAUUGACAACCCUGCUGUUCUUCCUUUCAUCACCCAGAUUCUCUAUGGCCGCAUAUCCAAUGUCACAGCAGUUCUCAGUCGACAGAUUAGCAAUCGUUCCAGCUUCUGCAUAAAGGACCCGGAAGCUGAUUGGAACCAGGCUUUUAAUUUUUCAUCCAAUGUGGAAUUCUUAUCUUCUUGCAUUCAAAAGACUAAAGGAGACGUUACACGGCGCUUGUGUACAGCAGCAGAAAUGAAGUUCUACUUCAACAAUUUCUUUGAAAAAUCCAAGAGUGCAAAUUACUUAAAACCUAACAAGAACUGUAAUUUAACCUCAUGGGUUUCUGGGUGUGAGCCAGGAUGGGCUUGUAGUGUUGGCCCAAAUCAGCAGAUUGAUCUAGAAAAUUCACAGGACAUCCCUGCCAGGACUCAGACCUGCCAGCCAUGUUGUGAGGGUUUCUUCUGUCCCCAUGGCAUCACAUGCAUGAUACCUUGCCCAUCGGGUUCUUAUUGUCCCAUGGCAACUCUGAGCAAAACAACUGGUGUGUGUGAACCAUACAUUUACCAACUACCUCCAGGGAAACCAAACCAUACUUGUGGAGGAGCAAAUAUAUGGGCUGAUGUUGGUAGUAGUAGUGAAGUAUUUUGUUCAGCUGGAUCAUAUUGUCCAACCACCGUGAAAAGAAUUCCUUGUAGUAGUGGACACUACUGCAGAAUGGGUUCUACAUCUGAGAAACGCUGCUUCGCAUUGACUUCCUGCAAUCCAAGCACUGCAAAUCAAAAUAUGCAUGCAUAUGGAAUAAUGCUUAUUGCAGCUCUGAGUACUCUGCUACUUAUUAUUUACAAUUGUUCUGAUCAAGUUCUCACCACUAGAGGGAGGAGACUGGCCAAAUCCCGAGAAGCAGCAGCCAGAAGUGCAAGGGAAACAGCAAAAGCACAACAAAGAUGGAAAUCUGCAAAAGAUGCUGCUAAGAAGCAUGCAAGUGGAUUGCAAGCUCAUUUAUCACGUACAUUUUCUCGGAAAAAGGACACCCCAGAUCCUGAGAAACUUAAGAUUUUAAAUCAGUCUAAACCUGACAUAGAUGAUGGACUUCCGAUAUCACCACAUCCAAGUACAUCUGGUGUCUCUUUGUCCUCACCUGUGCCAUCAGAAGGAAAGAAAAAGGAACCUAGUGAGCUCAUGCAGAUUAUGCAUAAAAUUGAAGAGGAUCCUGAUUGUUAUGAAGGUUUCAGUAUUGGAGCUGAGGAUACAAAUGUAGGAAAUGUGCCAAAAGGAAAACAAAUCAAUACUCAUAGCCAAAUUUUCAAGUAUGCUUAUGCUCAACUUGAGAAAGAGAAGGCUCAGCAGCAAGAGUACAAGGACCUUACCUUCUCAGGGGUGGUUAAAAUGGCUACUAAUCAUGAAAUAAGGAAAAGGCCUCUGAUUGAGAUUUCUUUCAAAGACCUAACACUUACUUUGAAAGCAAAAAACAAGCAUCUAUUGAGGUGUGUUACUGGUAAAAUUAGGCCUGGCCGCAUUACUGCUGUCAUGGGUCCAUCAGGGGCUGGAAAAACGACUUUUCUUUCUGCCCUAGCCGGAAAAGCAAUUGGAUGCAAUAUGACUGGUUUAAUUCUUAUAAAUGGAAAGAAUAUAUCAAUCCAUUCAUAUAAGAAAAUCAUAGGUUUUGUGCCACAAGAUGAUAUUGUGCAUGGAAACUUGACUGUGGAAGAGAAUUUAUGGUUCAGUGCGAAGUGCAGGUUAUCUGCGGACUUACCAGAACCGGAUAAAGUUUUAGUGGUUGAAAGAGUUAUUGAGUCCUUGGGGCUUCAGCAAGUGCGUGGUUCUUUGGUUGGAACAGUAGAGAAGCGAGGAAUUUCUGGAGGCCAGAGGAAACGUGUAAAUGUUGGCUUAGAAAUGGUUAUGGAACCUUCACUUUUGAUUCUGGAUGAACCCACAUGUUUAGACAGUGCCUCUUCUCAGCUGCUUCUUAGAGCACUUAGACGGGAAGCUCUUGAAGGGGUAAACAUCUGCAUGGUGGUUCACCAGCCUAGCUAUGCGUUGUUCAAGAUGUUUGAUGAUUUGGUACUCCUGGCAAAAGGUGGUCUUACUGUCUAUCAUGGAUCAGCAAAGAAAGUAGAAGAAUACUUUGCAGGCCUUGGGAUCAAAGUCCCAGACCGUGUCAACCCUCCAGACCACUUCAUUGACAUUUUGGAGGGUAUGGUAGCAACAGAAAGAAGCUCGGGAGUUAGUUAUGAAGAGCUUCCCGUCAGAUGGAUGCUUCAUAAUGGGUACUCAGUACCCCCUGAUAUGAGACAGAAUGCCACUAGACUUGAAUUGUUCUCAACGGAUGAAAAUUUAAAUCAUGAAACAAAUCCUUCUGGUGCUGGAACAGCGGAACAGUCUUUUGCUGGAGAGUUAUGGCAAGAUGUGAAAGGUACUGUGGAACUGCAUCGUGAUAAGAUACGGCUCAAUUUCCUGAAGUCCAAGGAUUUAUCAAACCGGAGAACUCCAGGUUUAUUUCAACAAUACAGAUACUUCCUGGGCAGAGUUGGUAAGCAGAGACUUCGGGAAGCUCGUAUACAAGCAGUCGAUUAUUUGAUUUUAUUACUUGCUGGAGCCUGCUUAGGAUCACUUGCUAACGUGAGCGAUCAGACCUUUGGUGCAGUUGGUUAUACUUAUACUAUCAUUGCAGUUUCUCUACUGUGUAAAAUUGCGGCUUUGAGGUCAUUUUCUCUGGACAGAUUACACUAUUGGAGAGAGAGCGCUUCUGGGAUGAGCAGCUUGGCUUAUUUUCUCGCUAAGGAUACAAUUGACCAUUUUAAUACACUGAUCAAACCUGUAGUGUAUCUGUCCAUGUUCUACUUCUUUACCAACCCAAGAUCUAGCUUUGCUGAUAACUACAUUGUUCUGCUCUGCCUUGUGUAUUGUGUAACUGGUAUAGCUUAUGCUUUAGCAAUCUUUUUUGAACAAGGUGCAGCCCAGCUGUCGUCAGUCCUUCUUCCAGUUGUGAUGACUCUUAUAGCAACACGGCCACAAGAUAGUGAAUUUCUAAAGAUUUUAGCUAAAUUCUGCUACCCUAGGUGGGCUUUAGAAGCAUUUGUGAUUGCAAAUGCUGAAAGGUAUUCUGGAGUAUGGCUGAUAACGCGGUGCGGGUCGCUUUUGAAAAGUGGCUAUAAUCUUCAUGAUUGGAAUCUUUGUAUAAUCAUCCUAACGUUCAUCGGUAUAGUUAGUCGAGCCGUAGCAUUCUUUUGCAUGGUGACCUUUCAGAAGAAGUGAGAUAUCAGAGAUCAACAAUCAGCACACCAUUCUUUUGCAGCUCUCAAGACUCGCGAAGUGGAAGCGUUUGAAGUGCAUAUAUCACCCUCAAAGUUCCCAAAAGAAGUAACAUACAAAUUUAUUCAUUGUUAGGUUGAAUAAUCUGGCCGAACAUUGCCAAAGCAUAGGUAAAAUGACAGGCGAGAUAAUAGAGAAGCUUCUUUUUAUUACAAUUUUUUCCCCUUUUCUUUAUUAUAGAAAUUAUGGUAUAAAAUGGCUAAAUAUACCGAUACAAGAGAGGUUUGCUUGCUCUGAAAAUAUUGUAUGAACUCAAAUUCACAAUUGUAACAUAAAAGAAACAAUAA